AUGAAGUGGAUGCUGUUGCUGUUCCUUGGAAGCUGCCUCACUGGUGUCAGCUCGGGAUGGACGUAUCACUACUCUAACAGCACCAUGACGUGGACCAAUGCCCGAAAGUGGUGCCAGACUUACUACACAGACAUGGUGGUCGUUCAGAACCAGGACGAGAAUGCCGAACUUGUCUCCUUCUUGCCAAACAAGAAUCAUAGCCCGUACUACUGGCUCGGUAUCACCAGAGAGCACAAGGACGGGAACUGGAUCUGGAUCGGGAACAACAGCACGUGGGUGGGCAAAGAGUCCUGGGCGGAGAAUGAGCCCAACAACAACCAAAGUUGGCCCGUUUGCGUGGAGCUCUAUGUCAACGCCGGAGCUAACCGAGGGAAAUGGAAUGACGAGAAGUGCCAUAACAGGAAAUAUGCAGUGUGCUAUCAAGCUCAAUGUAAUGCAACCAUAUGUGGGAGAGGAAAAUGCCAGGAAGCUGUCAACAAUGUCACAUGUUUAUGUGAGCCGGGCUUUGCAGGGAAUGCUUGUCAAACAGUUCUACGUGUAGUUAGCACACAUCUUGGCAGCGUUUGGUUGUGUCAGUCAUGUGACGUGCUGCGCCUCCACCCUGACCCACGCUUAAGCGUGUGCCCACUCCAGGCUCCUUUUGAGAAACACAUGUGUCAGGUGCUGCUUGUUUCAGUUACCCCACCUGUGGAAUGCCCCCCUAUGUCACCCCCCAACGGAUACUUCCACUGUGCAGAAGGCAACCACACUGUAAACUCUACAUGCCGGUUCACGUGCCACGGCGGUUUCCUGAGGAUCGGCUCAGCGGAGGUCACCUGCGGGGUGACGGCCAACUGGGGUGGCCCAAAGCCUGCUUGUGCAAGCUAUAAAUUCUUGUUGAUUGUAGUAGGAUGUGGAGUGCUCACACUUUUCUGCAGCUGUUGCAUGUGUAUUAGAUGGACAAAGAGCAGGACAAGAAAGACUCCUGGCCAGUUGAGGUUGACUGAGGAAGGAGAAAGAAUGCCCAGUGAACUGGAGGGAUGAAGAUCAACACAACCAUGUCGCCAUGCUUUUGUUAUACUUGUGAUUGUGUUAUAUGAUCCUGCAAAGAGACUAAUCGCAGUCCUUUUAUUAAUACAAGAAACUAAUGUAAAUUUGUCAACAAAAAAUUAUCCUCUCAUUGUUCUGGCAUUUAGCUAGUAGAAAUAAUAUUGCUAAUCCUAAUGGACCUAAAUUAGAAGAGCUUUAGUCAGAUUUUGAAUCAAACAAACCCAUCAGAAAGCUGCAGUUAUAUUAAUUGUUACAUUCUGUAAAUAAAUAAUAUAUAUAUAUAUACCUGUGAGUAUUGUUAUAUUGGUAAUCGGCAUGAAUCUUCUAGGGCUGUCCCAAACAACUAUUUUUCUCCCGAUUCGUCAGCAGACUUUUUUUUUUUUUUAACGAUUAGUCGACUAAUCUAAUGUAAUCUAAUCUAAUGUAAUCUAAUCUAAUCUAAUAAAUUUGUUUUUUUUUUUAAAAACAAAUCUAGAAAUUUAGUUUUAUUGACACUUCUUAAUUCACAAAAACAUUUUGGAAGACUUAAAUUCUUUAUUAAAGUACAAAUAAACACAUAAAUAACAAUAAUACAUCACAAAUAAACAAUGACGUCAACUGGUGAUAGCAUUAACUAGUGCAAAAGAAUGGAAUGUAAACAGAUUCAGAACACUGACUUUGCCUUUCCAACAUGAUUCAAAACAGUUCUUGAAAAAAAAGAAAUAAAAUUAUCUAGCACUAAUAUUAUAGUAUACUCCUAUAUAUAAUAAUAUUAUAAUAACUGUUUAUUGCCAAUCAGAUUUUUCAUAAAGGGUGUCAUUUAAAAGCUAUUCUUAGUGUAGAAUCUGAAUUCUGAAGUAUGUGAGAUUAACUCCAGAAAUGGUUAUUUAUAUGUUGAACAUGGCGUGCUUUUAUUUUGAAAUGUUCACCAAAAGUACUUUUGCUAAACCGCUAACCGUAAGCUUCCAACUCGGCAAAAAAAGUGCACUUUUCGUCAUUGCACGUGGUGUCAAUAAUACAUUUAAAAAAAAAAAAAAUCUUUGUUUGCAAAUGCUGUGAAACAAACAAAUUUUCAUGUUUGAAGUGUCACCUUUUGACUGCAAGUUUGCGUUUUGGAGUAGACUGCCAAUGUUUCACAGCUAGCUAAAGAAGGUUGUCUUUUUUUCUCCAUUAGCCUCAAUGUAGCAAUGCUAACGAUUACAUUAUAGAUGUGUUUCCUUAUUUUGUAUGUCCGAACUUUAAUUCUACGGCGUGUUGAUGACCAAUAAACAUCUGUGAAAGGAACUGGAGUCUCAUAUCCCAUCAAAACGCACGUGUACAGCGGCGAUAAAAUGCAGCACUGACAAUUACCGCCCUAAUUUUUAUUUACCGUGCGAUAAAUGGACUUACUGCAUAUCGCGACAGGCUUAGCAACUUCAAUAAAAAAUGUCGUUCGUUCGUUCGUUCGUUAGUUAGACGGACUUACAAUCUGCGAGCUUCUUGUCUCCUGCUGUCUUCCAAAAUUACAACUGGGAGACGGCGCUUAAAGUGUUCAUUCGCGGCUGAAGUGCAGCCAAGCUUGGAAUUGAAGAGACAGGACACAUGAAUGUACCCUCCUUUAUUUCGUUGAAAUAAAUCAAUGUUUUGGCCACUUUGGUAUGCUUUUUUUGGCUUUGUGCCGCUUUCCACGCUUGCAUACCGAGCAUCCGCCAUUCUCAACUUUCCACGCAUAUAUUUUUUUAACCUUAGUCGAUUUUUUUUCUUUUAUCCCAGACAAUAGUAGGUGAUUUAAUUACCUGACAUGUUUCGUCGAACACUUCCGCCUUUAUCAGAGGUUCACUGGUGUUUGGUGGGACGCGUCUUUAUCAGUUGAUGGAUUAAGGCGUGACUCACCUGUAAGAUUGACAGGCGAAUCACGCCCUCUGCUGACCAUUCACUCUUCCAGGAUGCUGGUCCAGGUUGUAGACAGCAUGUACGCCCUUUAAACAGGAAGCAAGAGCAAUUACAACACUAUCAAAAAAAUAAAGAUAUCACAAUCCUCCCAGCAAUCCUCCCUAUUAUUGUCUGGAAUAAAGGAAAAAAAUCGACUAAUCUACAAAUGUAGGCAAAAUGAACUCAAUACAAUUAUUUUUUUUAACCCUUCAUUAACCAUCGACAGGAUGUUGUGCUCAUCGACGCAUUUACGUCACCGAUGACAUUGACUACGUCGACUAGUCCGGACAGCUCUAGAAUCUACACAUGUAAACAUAUUAAUAACAACU